UGUUUGAAGAAGAACAGGGGAAAAUGAAUUAGAGGUGGGGAGAACGGAGGGAAUAACCGAGGAGCACCAGUGGAGAUCUCUCCAGAGCAAAGUGAAAAUGUCGAAGCUACCUAGGCCGGAGUGAGCUGCCGCCGAUGGUGUUGAGAAGCCUGAGAUGUCACCAUCGACAAUAAGCUACCAUAUGGAAAGCUGGCAACAUGUCCAAGUGCACAUUUGUCGGAUUUUAGGGAUCCAGCUGAUAUUCCUUGUUGGUUUUGGUUUUUGCAUGAGUAGUUCUUUCGUUUCAUGUGAGGUGGGCGGGUGUACCUCAAAUGUUGGCUCCACCAACCAAAGUUUAAACAUCCCACCUUAUUUUCAGAAACAUAUUACAAAAUCAUAUUUUGAUAAAUAUGAUAGCUUGCUUGAUUCAGAUUUCCUAGAUUUCAUAUCACAUGAACUUUUUCCUGGCUCUUGUGAACUGCUACUGGAUAAUCUGAAUCUUGUGCUGAGACUGUCAGUUCAACAACGCUCUCUGAUUGGUGAUGGUUCUCAUCGUCACCUUUCUUCAUCCUUCAGAUUUAAUAUCCAGUCGGAGUUAAUAGCUGAGUUACCAAUACACUUCUGUGAGGCCAUAAUAAUUGAAAAACUACCCUAUGGAAUCUUUGCUGACCCAUUUGAGCUACAACAUCUUCUUCAGCGUGGAGUAUUUAUGGAUGCAGCUGUUUUUGGAGACACAAAUUUGGAAUUGCCAUCUGUUCAUUCCAACCGGUCCCUUGUUGAGGUUCACAUGGAUGUCGAUCUCAACACUUUUUCAAGACACAAGGAUGGUUUGGAAAUCAACAUAGAUCUUCCAAUGCAUAUACGUUAUCCACCCUUGGAAGAGAGUGGCUAUUCAAAUAUUGAACUAGGUGCACCAGACUUAUUCAUGCGCUGCAGCAUUGAAGCAAAGUCACAUAAUCAGAGCUGUUUAUUGAUGUUAAAAGAUAAAGGUGUUGCACUAGGGAAUGGCACUGUAGUGUGGAGAGUACCUUCUGGAAUUAAGGCUCAUGCCAGAGCAGUGUCUAUUGUUACUUUCAUCUCAGCCAUAUUGUCGACUCUUUCAAUUGUGCUGACAUCUGUGUAUUAUUCAAGUACCAAAUUGUGCAAAAACCUAAAACAAUCUUAAUUCAUUAAACCUUUUCUGGGCCCUGAUAACUUUGCAUGUACCUUGAAAACACUGCUCUAAUGGAAGAAAAUGUCCUGUGGGUGAAAUUAUUUUAUUUUCCUUC